UAAAAUUAGAUCCUUUGAUCCGCUCAUCUACUAUCGCUACACAAGGAUCUAACAACUCUCCAUAAGAGGUCAUCUCAGAUUGAACUUUGUUGAGAAAAUAGCACCCAAUCAAAUUCUAAUCUCUUGACCAAUCAGAAUAUCGCAUCUAAACUACUGUUCGGGAGUGUGAAAAAAUGGCGGCACCUACAAUCGACAACAUUGUCGAAGAACUAUUACCGGAUUUUGGCGUGAACGCUCUGAAACCGGAACAGAAGGAAAUAAUUAGCAAUAUUACAAAGAAGAAAGAUUGCAUUGCUGUCUUGCCAACUGGGUUUGGAAAGUCGUUGCCAUUCCAGGUUUACGCUGCAGCUCAGAAACGAACUAGUCGUGAGGCUGGACAUGUACUCGUAUGUUCGCCAUUGAUAGGCCUGAUGAAGGACCAGACCAAAAAGCUGUCUCGUAUCAGUUACUUAAGCGUUGGCUACAAAGGUAAUACUCAUGAUACGACUAAAUGUAUAGUUUCAGCUUCGAAAGCUUCUUCCAUGUCGCAGUACCGUUUCGAUCAACUUCUUUUAUUAGAAAUGAAAACCCGCACAGACAACAAAUAUUACAUAAACUAUAUAUCCUGCGUGGUGUGGACGGCGAGGCUGGUAUGGCCGCAGCCAUUUUACUUGUUUAUAUAUACGUUCGGAAGACGUCGUUUCCGAGAAUAUACAAUCGCACCGACGAUUCUCAAGCCGAUCGCUGAUUGGUCAAUGCAAAAGUUCAAUCUGAGAUGACCUCUUAUGGAGAGUUGUUAGAUCCUUGUGUAGCGAUAGUAGAUGAGCGGAUCAAAGGAUCUAAUUU